AUGGCGGCAAAAUUAUACUCGAUGAUUGAACUGAACCUUCUAUGCGGCUCUAACAGAUGUCGACAAGCAAACAAACGUUAUCCACAUAACGUGGGGAAUCAUGUCAUGGAAGGAAGACGGUAGCUCGCUGAAAACACCGGCCCAUCGAAAAAAUGCCGAUAAAAAGGCACGAGUCUUUGAUCUUAGUGCCGUGUUCGAACAAGCGAGACAGACUGCCAAGGAGGUCUGCAAACAACCUGAAAAGGGUUCUGACGAAGCUCCACCCGCAGGACCAUCAGGAUUCAGAAAUCAAAAACAGAUGAGUGGUUCUACAGACUAUAGCUCUGAUGGCUCUGACUCAGAUGUUAUAGGACCACUGCCCCCAUCGAACCUUGCGGAGUCAGUAGAAUCUGAUUCAGAGGACAACGAAGAAAAAGAUGAGGAAUAUCGUUGCACUCUCCUACAUCGGUCGAUACUUGAACUUCAACAUGGCCUGAAGCCAGUAUCGGCACUUGGGCUCGAUCCCAACGGUUCGCGGAUGGUUACUGGAGGAUAUGACUAUCAAGUGGCUCUAUGGGAUUUCGCUGGAAUGGAUGCCACCUUCAGGCCAUUCCGCACGCUGCAACCAUGCGAGUGUCAUCAGAUUCGCGAUUUGGACUUCAACUGCACCGGAGAAGCAGUGCUAGUUGUGUCAGGAAAUUCGCAACCAAAAGUCCUCGACAGAGACGGACUUUCAAUGAUGGAAUGUCCUAAAGGUGAUAUGUACCUGACGGAUAUGGGAAAGACGCGUGGUCACACCGCGAUGUGCAAUUCUGGUCGUUGGCAUCCUCGUCAGCGAGCUGAAUUUAUGACGUGCUCAAACGACGGCUCGGUGCGUCUAUGGGACUCGCAGAAUACGCCAGUUGUCGGGGGGAAACAUAAAGCGAUCAUGAAGCCUCGCCAGCAGGGUGGAUUACGAGCUGUGCCCACUGCUUGCUGCUAUAGUCAAGACGGCAAUUGGUGCGCUGCCGCUUGUAAUGACGGUUCUAUUCAGAUUUGGGAUCAUCGACGCAGUUUUGUCAAUACGUCCCAGCUUUGCCGCAAUGUUCAUGCGAAGGGCAACGAUGUGACUAGCAUUUGCUAUUCGUAUUGCGGAAAUCGACUAUUAACUCGCGGCCUUGACGAUCGAAUGGCAUUGCUGGAUGCACGCAAUAUAAAAAGGCCGCUUCAUGUCUUCAAUGGACUGAACAAUAUAUACUCUAUGACGGAUGCAAUCUUUAAUCCCAACGACAAACUCGUACUUACCGGGACCACGCUCGAGAAGGGCGGACAUAUUGCUCAUGUGAAAGUAUUUGAUACUCUAACUUUUGAUGAGGUCGAGUCACAUCCAGAAACAGCCUCAGUUAUUCGUCUUCGGUGGCAUCCCAAAAUUAAUCAGUUGGUAAUAGGCCUCAGUAACGGUCUGACGAAAGUGUUAUACGAUGAAAAACAAUCAAGAAACGGAGCCCUACUCUGCGCUGGAAAAACGAAGGUGAAACGUAAGCAAAUGGAGUCCGUUACUACAACGCAGAUUUUAACACCACACGCCCUCCCGUUAUUCCGCGACGAGAAAAUGCAACUUCAGCGUAAACGCGAAGAACUAGAUCGAAAAGAUCCGGUGAAGUCUCGAAGACCCGAGUUGCCAGUGACAGGUCCUGGCGCUGGUGGACGGAUUGCCUCGGGCGGCAACACGCAUACGUCGUUCAUUGUCCGGCAAUUGGGAAUUCGUGAUCGAGUGAUAGACGAAAGUGAAGACCCUCGCGAAGCUCUGCUGAGGCAUGCCGAAGCAGCUGCCGCUAAUCCUUAUUGGGUCAGCCCUGCUUACAAACAUACGCAGCCGAAACCAGUGUUUGAGGCGGUGCCGCAGGGUAUUGACGAAAAAAGCGAUGACCAACCGAAGUUGAAAAAGGCCAAACCAGUUUAAGUCAUCAAUAUA